CGUUUUUCAGGAAAAUGCAGCAAGCAUUUUAAUUUCGUCAAUUACUCUAAUAAUUUAUAUAUAGCGAACAAAUUCAGAGGAUCUUCUAUUGUUCAAAUUAUCCUUAAAUACAGUCAAAAGCUUCAAGUUGCUUCCAAAAUUCCAUCUCAUGUCAUCUUUUUCAAAAAGAAAAUAAAUCAAGUGCCAUCCUAUUUCAUAUAAGCUGUGAAAAAAUGGCGAUAGCGACGUUUCCAACGGUUGAAAAAUGUACAUCGAUGCGUCGAGAGAAGGACACUGUUGUAACAGACUUGGAUGGAACCUUACUAAGAGGUAGAAGCUCUUUUGCUUAUUUCGCAUUGGUAGCUUUUGGUGUUGGUGGGGUCUUAAGGUUACUCUUUCUUCUCUUAGCUUCACCUAUUGCUGGAAUAUUUUACUAUUUCAUCUCGGAGUCUGUUGGAAUUCAAGUUAUUUUCUUUGCAACUUUCGUAGGGAUGAGAGUUUCUGAUAUAGAAUCUGUGGCACGUACAGUGCUGCCAAAGUUCUAUUUAGAAGACCUUCAUCCUGAGUCUUGGAGAGUGUUCUCAUCGUGUGGGGAACGUUGUGUAUUGACGGCUAGCCCAAGGAUUCUCGUGGAACCAUUUUUGAAGGACUAUUUAGGGGUAGAUAUUGUUUUAGGGACUGAGAUUGAGACAUAUAAAGGUAGGGCAACUGGCUUUGUUAAAUCACCCGGGGUUCUUGUUGGAAACAACAAAGCUGACGCUCUUAAAAGUACUUUUGGAGAAACUCAACCUGAGAUUGGCUUGGGUGAUCGCGAUACAGAUAUUCCUUUUAUGGCAUUGUGUAAGGAGAGCUAUUACGUGCCACCAAAGCCAAAAGUAGAGGCGGUAAGUACAAGCAAGCUUCCCAAGCCCAUUAUCUUCCAGGAUGGUCUCCUUGUCCAAAAGCCAACACCAUUAAUGGCUAUUUUCAUCAUCGUAUGGAUCCCCUUCGGUUUCUUCCUUGCUUGCUUGCGAAUUAGUGUCGGACUAAUUCUCCCUGUGCCUCUUCACUAUUAUGCAUUUUGGGUCACUGGCAUCCGUCUCAUCAUUAAUGGCAUCUCGCCACUCCAUAUCAAGAAAUACCAAGACCAAUCAGGCGUUCUCUUUGUUUGCUGCCACAAGACUAUUCUUGACAGCAUUUUUCUCUCUGCAUCGUUGGGUCGUCCUAUUCCAGUCAUUACAUACUCUACUUCACGACUUUUUGAGAUUUUUUCGCCCAUUAAAACUAUUAGACUCACUCAAGAUCAAGCAUUAGAUGCUUCUAUAAUCAAACAAUUGUUAAAAGAAAGCGAUCUUGCAACUUUCCCUGAGGAGACUACAAGUCGAGGUCCAUUUCUUCUUAAAUUUUCGCCAUCAUUUGCUGAGUUAACUGAUGAGCUCGUGCCAGUGGCAUUGGAGACUAAUAAAAAUAAAAUGAGCAUGUUUCAUGGCACAACAACCCGAGGAUGGAAAUGGAUAGAUGCAUUUUUCUUUCUCAUGAAUCCACGUCCCACUUAUGAAAUUACAUUCUUGAACAAGUUGCCACAUGAGUUCACUUGCAAGUCUGGAAAAUCAAGUCAUGAAGUGGCUAGUUACAUACAAAAGGUUAUUGCUGAAACUCUUUCUUAUGAGUGCACCACUUUAACUAGGAAGAACAAGUAUAUAUAGUUGUGAUAUAUAGUUGUGAAGGAUCCUUGAUUCAACUCUAAAAGUACAAAGGAGUUUUCAUUUUGAUUUUCCCUUUUAACAAUGAUAGUAAAAGAUUACUUGCCCGAAAUGUUAUGAAAAUAACGGAUUUGUUGCUUAGUGAUUCCGUAUUACGUAACACAUUAUUUGAAAAUAAUGGAUUUGUUG